AUGUCCACGAGCGAGUCGAUUGACCAGUAUUUCCUUCCCGACGUCGUGUUAUCAGCAAAGGAAGUAGCCAUAGCAGUUCGAUUGAACACAUUGAUAACGUCGCCCGACACUCGUGAGGACGGUCUUUCAUUCAUUCUCAAACAAAUCCCAUCGGUCUCCUUUUGCGAGUUCUUACUGCGGAUUCAUCCCAAGCUCUACACGCACCUCUUAAAGUCCACAACUGAUGACCUUGCAAGUCAACAGGCGUCGCUCUUCAUAGUGCACGCCCUAUCGAUCUACCCCAAAUUCAUCGAGUUAUUAGUCAAUUACGAUUUAAUAGUCUUCGACGAAUUGAAAGGGAUCCUGCAGAACUCGGAGUCCUCCAAAACGACGCCGAACAUCUUAGAAGUGAUUUAUAAUGCCACUGCGAUGGUGAACGAUGUGACGAUCUUUAAAAUGUUUAUUCCCCCAUUGGUCACCAUCUUCCGGCAGAAGCCGAUGUAUCGGAACCAAGCCGGAAAGUGCUUGUGUAUCCUCCUCUCGUGUUCUUCGAACCAAAUAGUGUUUAUCAAGGAAGAUGGGAUCUUUGCGAUCAUCACCGUCUUAAAUUCUUCCGUCGCGAAUGAGCAAAGUCUUGCUGUUUCGAUGUUACUGCAACUAAUAAAGAACCAAGACAAGGAGUUUACUAUUACUGUGAGGAAGAUAGUUAUUAUGAACAACGUCUUACAACUUAUUAAGCCAUUGUUGUCUGCACAAGAACCUAUUUGUACACAAUCGUGGCAAGUCUGUGCUUUACUCACGUUAGCGUGUGGCCAGGAGAAGCAAUUUAUACAGUCGGGGGUCUUCUUUGAUGCCGUGGAAUUGAUGGGCGGACACCCUUUUUCUAACAAUUUGCAAUACGCGCUCGCAAUCAUCUUGGCCGUCACACUGGACGCCAAACUCCUCGACGUCUGUCGUGGAUUUCUUCUUGCGGACCGACUGCGGCAUUGUGUUGAAAGUUUGAAUUUGUAUGAGCCCGCGCUGUGGCUUGUGUUAUUAAACAUUGUGAGGAAUUUAGUGGUGGACGAGGGACUAUGCGAUGAACUGCGGACGGUUAAGAUCUCAUCAUUUCUUCGAACGCCGUACAACAUUGUGUCGUUAGAGAAGGCCCGUGUGGAGAUAUUGUCUUCAUUGAAAGAUGAGAAGACUCCUAUAGUUGGGAGAGAUUCGAUAGAAGUGAAGCGUUGUGCUGAUUUUAAUAUGAAGAAGACACAAGCGAAGAAUAUAAUAGAAGAAAUAGUGACGACGGAAGAAGACUAUUGUGGACAUCUGCGGUGUAUUGUAGAAGAGAUUCGCCCGGCGUUCCAAGUAGUAAUGACGGAAAAGGAAGUCUCUGAUAUCUUUUUAAAUGUUGAAGUAGUAGCGAAGUAUCAGGAUGCGUUUUUGGAGGCGUUACACUCGAGGUGGGAGAAACAGAAGAAGGAGGAAUGGGUGAAGGUGUCUGAUCUGUUUGAUCAAUAUUUUUCGGACCGGAUGAAAAACAUCUAUUGUGUGUAUAUGACGCGUGCGAACGACGCGUGCGAGUAUUAUCAGAAGCAAAAGAAAGAGUCGAGAAAGAUCAGGAAAGUAGCGUUGGAUCUUGGAAUUAAACACAUCUUUGUCCCGACGUUUUUGGUCUACCCUAUUCAGAGACUGCCGAGGUAUUUAAUGUUGAUAGAAACACUUAUUAAAAAUACACCGGACACAUCAGAAGAACACGCGAAGUUAAUAGAAGUGAAGGAGAAAUCGAAUAAAGCAGUAGUGUGGCUGAAUGAUGAGAUGAGGAAGUAUGAGGACCACCAAGCACUAAUGAAGUGGUCGGCGAAACUGGAGUUGGAGCUUGUGGAGAAUAGAAAGUACAUAGCGGAGUUCCACCAAGUGAUGGUGAAAGAGAACAAAAUAGCGAUAGUGUGUAGUAUCAUUGUCUUCUCUGAUAUUGUAGUGUUUCUUAAACAUAAAAAGAACAGGGAAAAAGUAAUGAAUUCCGUCGCACUCAUUAACUUAAAAGUGUUUGAAGUGGAAGACGAAAAGACAACAUUCAUGUUGGUCUUCCCUAACACAAAUGGACUGGAGGAGGACCACAGGUAUAACUUGUAUUUAACUAAUGAGGACGAAAUGAGGGAAAUCUUCUCAACUAUUAAGAAGGCGGCUAAUGCGGCGAAAACAGAGAAGAAGUCUUUACUCACAAGAAGCUUCUCUAUGAAGUACGGCGAUGUAAAGGAAAUGAAGUAUGAAAAGUAA